CCAGCAGAUAAUUUUUCACCCGGUCGGCCAAUGAGACGCCUUACAUCGGUUACGUAAAGCCAAGAGGAGCGUUAAACUCUGCGCAGGCCGCAUUUCCUCGUUCGUGAAUGUUGUCGUGCAUGGACAAAAUCCCAAAGAGCCGCAGUAUCGAAAGUAAAAGCGAGUUAUCCGUAUCUCCCCAAGACGAAAUGAGCGCAGUAGAAAGUGAAGUAAUAUUACCGCGGGCCAAGAUUCAAUCCCCCAAUAAUCACAUCGUCUACGUGAACCAAUCCGCCACCAUAGAUGUGGAGGAGUUGGAGGAGAAGAGCAUGGAGAAAAACGUGGUCGAAGUCCUGGAUAAAGCGCGGAAAACCUUUAACUCCAACGCAACGAAGGACUUGAGCUUCCGGGAGAAACAACUCAAAGGGCUUUUGAAGUUUCUGGAGGAGGAAAAGGAGGACGUCGUGAAGGCGGUCUACAAGGAUAUGGGAAAACAUGCUCAAGAAGUCAACGUAUGCGAGAUUGAGUUGGUUGCUAACGAUUUGAGGCACACCAUCUACGAUUUCAAGAAGUGGGCUAAACCUCAAAAGCAGGAGAAGAGGAUUUUGAAUCUUCUCGAUGGGGUUUACAUCUACAAUGAUCCUUAUGGUGUUGUUCUUAUUAUUGGAGCUUGGAAUUACCCUGUACUCUUGACCCUAGGACCCAUGGUUGGUGCACUAGCAGCUGGCAAUUGCAUCAUUUUGAAACCCUCAGAGUUAAGCACAGCAACCGCUGAAUAUCUCUUCAAAAAUCUCCCAAAAUACUUCGACCCAGGAGUUGUACAGGUAUGCCUUGGAGGUGUGAACCAAACAACCUUACUGCUGAAGGAAAAAUUCAACUACAUCUUCUACACUGGUUCGACCACGGUGGGUAAAAUCAUCUACAAGGCGGCUGCGGAACAUCUGACACCAACAACAUUGGAAUUGGGAGGCAAAUCCCCUGUAUAUCUUGAUGACGACAUGGAUAUGGUGCUAGCAGCUAAAAGGAUCCUUUGGGGAAGGUUUUUAAACGCUGGUCAGACUUGCGUAUCCCCCGACUAUGUCUUAUGCACUAAACAUACCCAAGAGAUAUUCAUAGAAGCCUGCAAAAUCGUAUUGGAGGAAUUUUACGGGAGCAAUAUGCUUACUUCUCCCAGUCUGAGCAAGAUUAUCAACGAGAGGCACUUCGACAGGCUUUUGGGUCUAAUAAAACACGAUAAUAUAGCUGUUGGGGGUCAAUAUGAUAGAACUAAGCGUAUUAUGACCCCCACUAUCUUAAGAGAUUGCAAACCCAACGAUCCAGUAAUGCAAGAUGAAAUAUUCGGACCCAUACUACCGAUAUGUACGGUUAAAAAUGUAGAGGAAGCCAUAGAAUUUAUAAAUUCAAGGGAUAAACCUUUGGCGCUGUAUAUAUUUUCAAAAAAUAAAAAGGUGCAUGAUACUGUGUUAACUCAAACCUCCUCUGGGGGAGCUGCUGUCAAUGACUCGGUCUCGCAUUUGAUCACAGAGGGUAUACCUUUUGGUGGAGUAGGAGCAAGUGGAAUGGGGGCUUAUCAUGGCAAACAAGGUUUCGAUACCUUCACCCAUAAAAAAGGAGUCCUAAAAAAGGAUUUAUCCAGUUUUUCCGAGCUAGGAUUGAGCCUUAGAUACCCCCCAUAUACAGAUCAAAAAACAGCAUUGAUGACUUUUAUAUUAAAACGCAGAAAGGGUGUGGCUUUCUGCAAAUUGGAGACUUUAAUUACAUUUUUACUAGGCAUGGUUUUUGCUUUUAUAGUCAACUAUUUAUUUAUGUAAUAUAUUUGUGUUAUAUCUUGUUUAUCAGAGCUUUAAAUAUUUUUAGAUUUGUUAUAUUUAGUAAUU